UUCACCACCAGCCUGUGCUACUCUAUAGACUUUGCCAAAAUGACCAGCAGUGAUGGGGAUUCUUUGGAGCCACUACUUGGUCCCCUAGAGCUGGAGUGCAAGAUAUGUUACAAUGGUUUUGAUACCAGGCAACAUCGACCUAAAGUUCUGGGUUGUGAUCACCGUAUGUGCGCCCGCUGCCUCAAGAAGAUGGCUUCAAAUUGGGGUCAAAGUCCACCGGCUACAAUAUGCUGCCCCUUCUGCCGUCAAGAAACUCCACUGCCUGAUGACCUACACCUUCUACCUGAUGACAGUGGCCUGCUGUCCAAACUCGGUUGUCAUGAAUGGAUCCACAGACGUGGUUGCUCGGUGGCCCCUGAGGUGCUUUUGAGUCCUGGAGAUUUGUGCCCUAAUUCCUCUGAAUGUCUAGUCAUCACUAUCAUGGAGGUCUCAGAUGAGGCACCGGAGCCCGGUGAGCAAACGCCAGUGCUAGAUAUCCUAAGAGUGAAGAUAUCAUCAAGCCUAGCAUGGCUACCUGAAUCCUGUGUUCCUCACUGCUGUGGUCCUUGCAGGCCUGUGCCACGAAUCCUGCUAGGUUUCCUGUGCCUCGUGUACAUUAGUUCACUGCCUCUUGGUGUUUAUCUCAUGAUGACUGGGCAUCUACUAGGCAUUAUCCUGGUUAGUUUAGUCCCGUGCACCCUAAUUCUCAGUCUCUUAUGCUAUUGCUUCUGCCAUGAGUUAACUGCCUGCCUUUCUGACUGACACAAUCCUGUGCAUCCAACACAGAUUGUGUAAAAACUGUGUCACCAGCAUCUCCUUCACCUUCACUGACAGUGCCAAGCCUAUGCCUCUAAUGCACUUUGAUGUGCCAAGCCCAUGCCCUAUUUCUAUUCCAUUUGUGUUCGGCAUUAUAACCCGCAUCAUCAA